UGGAAGGGAAGCAUAUUUUGGUACUUCUGCGUCUUCUUCUUCUUCUUCUAGGUCUGUUUUCUCUCUCUCACACUUUUCAUUCGUUUCAGAGUCCACAGAGCAAACAGAUAAGCAAAAUUCCUCUCCAAUUGAUAUUUAAUUUUGGGCAACAGUGGCUGUGUUCAACUUUUUACUUGGAUGAAAAGAUCUGGUGUGUGAAAUAGUCAAUGGCUGACAACACAGAAGUGGAUGAUAGGGUGGAUCUUGAUGAUGAUAAUUACAUUGAAGAGGAUUAUGAUGUUGAAGAACAGAUGGACGAUGAAGCAGCUGGAGAUGGUGGUGAGGAAAACAAUGAAGAACAGCCAGAGGAUAUAGGAAGUGGGGAUAGUGGGGAAGAGCAGUCACCAGAAAUAGAUAAAGGUGAUGCUGUUGCUGAAGCCAUAGAUGAUGAAGAAAAACCUGGUGCUUCCUUGAAUGGGGAUGAGAGAAAGAAGUUUGCUGAACUUCUUGAUCUUCCUCCCCAUGGGUCUGAAGUUUUUAUUGGUGGGCUGCCUAAAGACAUUUCCGAAGAAGACCUGAGGGAUCUCUGUGAACCAAUGGGCGAAAUUUUUGAGAUAAGGAUCAUGAAAAAUAGGGAUACUGGAGAAAGCAAGGGUUUUGCUUUUGUUGCGUUCGGAACAAAAGAUGUUGCCCAAAAGACCAUUGAGGAGUUGCAUAACAAGGAAUUCAAGGGCAGAAGGUUAAGGUGUUCACUGUCAGAAACUAAAUACAGAUUGUUCAUUGGUAAUGUUCCAAAGAGCUUGUCUGAUGAAGAGUUCAAAAAAAUCAUAGAUGAGACUGGUCCUGGUGCAGAAAACAUAGAACUCAUAAAGGAUCCUCAAAAUCCUUCACGUAACCGAGGAUUUGCUUUUGUUGAAUAUUACAAUAAUGCAUGCGCAGAUUACUCCAGGCAAAAGAUGUCAAAUGCUAACUUUAAGCUGGAUGGUAAUACACCAACUGUCACCUGGGCUGAUCCAAAGAUUACACCUGAUAAUUCUGCUGCUUCUACUCAGGUCAAGGCUCUAUAUGUGAAGAAUAUUCCUGAAAAUACACCUACUGAACAAUUGAAGGAACUCUUCCAACGCCAUGGGGAAGUUACAAAGGUUGUUAUGCCACCGGCUAGAAGUGGUGGAAAACGGGACUUUGGGUUUGUUCACUAUGCAGAAAGGUCUAGUGCAUUGAAAGCCAUCAAAGAGACUGAAAAAUAUGAAAUUAAUGGUCAGGUGUUGGAAGUGGUUCUUGCGAAGCCUCAGACUGAAAAGAAGUUUGACAUGUCUAAUCCUCACAAUCCAAUGCCCCAUCCAAAUUACAUUCCUCAUGCAGGGUAUGGUGGUUUCCCUGUGAGUCCUUAUGGGUCUGUAACUACUGGAUAUGGUGCUACUGCUGGAUUUCAGCAGCCUAUGAUAUAUGGAAGAGGGCCGAUGCCAGCAGGUAUGCAGAUGGUGCCAAUGGUUCUCCCAGAUGGCCGAAUUGGCUAUGUACUUCAGCAGCCGGGUGGAGUGCAGAUGCCAAGUGCUCGACCCCGAAGGAAUGACAGAAGCAAUGGGGGUGGGGGUGGACCACAAGGUCGAGGUGGAUCUAGUAGUAGCAAUGAUGAUGCGAACCGUAGUAGGCGUUAUCGGCCAUACUGAUUGGUAAUUGGUAUCUCAUAACAUGAACAUGUAUGCUAUGAUAAGCUAAGCUAAGCUAAAAGGCAGACCCACUCUGUGGGGUUAAUCGAUUUUAUCUUCCUUUUUCCAUCAUAAGAAAAACAAAAGAGAGCAGUUCAGUUUAGUUAGACCCCCCUCUGUAGCCAACUUGUUUAUGAUUUAAUGUAAGUGACUGUGUUGUGGAGCUUUGAUUCAGAGUUGCAUUAAUCGGUUUGGCGUAGUAGGCUACUUUCAAUUC